GGAGGCGCGCGACCGAUCGUAGUGGCAGGCCUUGGAUACCUGCAAACACCAACAACCUCGUCACUUUCCACGGUAUCUCCCUGCACACCACACACCAUGGGCAAGAAGAGGAAGCAAAGCUCCAAGAACGGCGCCCAGGACGCGCAGCCGUCGCAGAAGCGACCAAAGACGGCUGUCGCCGAGACUGUCAACUUCGACGGCGACCUGGACGGUGCCACAGCCACGGCUCUCGACAAGUCUGCCUUCUCAGAGCAGCUCUCGGGCGAGGAGCGCAAGCGCGAGGCCGCAAUCUAUGAGCUCCUCGGCAGCGUCGACGUCAAUGAGCGCAUCCAGGCCGCCGAUGCUCUCAUCACGGGCCUAUUGGGCGGCCAGGGAUCGCCCGAGCCCGUGCUGAGGCGGCACCUCGAGAAGCGUCUUUUCCGCGGUCUGGCCAGUUCUCGCAACGCAUCCAGAGUCGGCUUCAGUCUCGUGCUGACUGAGAUCCUGGGCCAGCUCUUUGGCACUAAGGACCUUGCCAAGACAAAAUUCCCCGGCCUUACCUUUGACAAGGUGCUGGAUCUUCUUUUGGACACGACACAAGCUGGUGGCAACUUGCCAGGCCAGGAAGAAAGAGACUACUACUUUGGGCAGCUCUUUGGUCUGCAGUGCUUUGUGGAAGCCAAAAUCCUGUUUGACGACGACUCAAGGUGGCACAAGAUCCUGGACCUCCUGCUCAAGGCCGCCGAGAAGAAAGUUUGGCUGCGAUCGCACUGCGGCUGGGUCAUUGUCGAGGCGCUUCCUCACAUGGGCCAGGCCCGCGCCGAGGACCUGCUCAAGAAGCUGUCUGAGCUCGGAUGGGCCAAGACAGCCGAGGGUGUGGGCAUUUGGCUGAGGGCGCGCACAAUCUACCCGGGUAUCAAGACACCCGCGAAGCCGUGGCGUGACCCUCUCGCUCCUGGCAGCAUCCCCGAGCUGGCUCGCGUACUGAAGGAGAAUGUAAAGUCAGACACUGGCGACGACAAGAAUGGGCCCAAGGUCAAGCAGGGCAAUGCAUCUGCACAGCUGAACUUUGUCUGGGAUCUUAUCUUGGCAUCGUUCUCAACACGAGACGGGACGCCGAGGAGUCACGACAAAGAUCUGUUCAAGCAGUUCUGGAGCACUGUCGUGGAUGAUGGCCUCUUUUCGAAAAAUGCUACGGAUGGCCAGAAGUACCGUGGCUUCAUGAUUUUCCAGAAGUUCAUAACUGGCUUCGGCCCUGAAGACAAGACACUCGUACUGGACCUCUUCACCAAGAACCUCAUGAGAUGCCUGGUCAACCAGGCCGCUGCCGAGGACCGAUACUUGCACCGUGCCGCCCUUCGCUGUUUAGAUGUGAUUGACCAGGCUGUCAAGGCGUCUCCGGAGCUGCUCGUGCCAGUCCUCAAGCAGCUGCUUGGCAAAUGGGGCGCGUACGACUUUGACCAGAAGACAAACACCAAAACCGUGGAGAAGCUCAUGCAGUGGGCCACGAUGGACAAUGCGGAUGAGGUGCUGAAGUUGCUGAGGGAGCCCGUCGUGGUGAUGAAGGCUGAGGAGAAGGAGGUCGAGAACUUCCGACAAGUCUAUGCUCAAUACAUCCUCCGCCUCGCCACACAAGCGAAGCUCGAGUCCGAGCCAUCUGCCAGCGACGCCGGCACGCCACACGUGCUCGAGCUGGCAAUCAGCGAGCUCGCGAGCGGUGCGUACACAGUGUCGGAAGAGUUCAAGCCCGAAUUAUCCGAGAAGUCCCGCGAGGUGUUCCGGAGCCGCCUCUCGUCCGCCUUCGCCAGGCUGACCAAGCGCAAGGAGGACUUCAAGCACCUCUGCAACGCCGUCGCCUCCGUCAAGCCUACCGCCGUAGCCAUGAGCGAGGACCUCGAGGCGGAGCGCGCCACCGCGCUCAAGGCGAUGAAGAAGCAACUCAAGGCGAGCAAGAAGGCUGCCAAGGGCGCCAAAGAGGAGUCUUCGAGCAGCAGCAGCACAUCGCUAGGCUUGGCGCUGCUGUACGCCGUGGCGAUAUUGCAGCUGUACAACGGCGCGCCUGACGCGAUAGACCUGCUUCAGGACCUCAAACGGUGCAGCGAAAAGACCAAGGACGACGAGCAGUCCGGCACCUCCGAGCUGCUCGUCGAGAUCCUGCUCUCACUCGUGUCCCAGCAGUCUUCGCUCAUGCGGCAGAUCAGCCAGCAAGUUUUCGAGGCUUUCACGUCGCAGAUCUCUGCGGAAGCGCUGGAGCUGUUGACUGAGCCCCUCGUCGCUGAGGAGAACCAGCGCGGAUACCAAGCGCUGUUUGAGAACCUGGACGAUGAGGACAUGGUGGACGCCGACGACGUGGAGUCGGAUGGUGACGAAGACGAAGAGGCGGAGGACGACGACGACGAUGUUGAGGAUGUUGAGGAGGACGAUAUUUCCGAGAUAGGGUCUGAUGUCGAGUUUACCACCCUCAACGGAGAUGCUGCAGAGGAAGACGAUGAUGACGAUGACAACGACGAUGACGACGAGGAUGAAGAGGACGAGGAAGACGCCACUGAGGCCAAAGAACUCGCCGACUUUGACGACGCCCUCGCCAAACUCCUCAAGAGCCGCCGCCUGGACCAGGACGCCGCAGCAGCCUCCAACUCGGACGACGACGACGACGACGACGAGUCCGACAUGACCGACUCGGAGAUGAUGCAGCUCGACGAGAAGCUCGUCGAGGUCUUCAAGCAGCGCGCGCAAAAGUCCAAGGCCAGCAAGACCAAGGAGAAGCGCGACGCCAAGGAGACGGUGCUCAACUUCAAGCGCCGGGUCCUGGAGCUGCUCGACAUCUACGUCAAGCAGGAGGCCUCGCGGCCCGUCGCGUUCAACGUGCUGCUGCCCCUGCUGCAGCUCGUGCGGACCACCACGGACAAGUCGCUCACCGACAAGGCGAUCAAGGCUAUCGAGGCGUUCGCCGGGGCUCUCAAGAAGAAGCAGGCGCAGGCGCAGGCACUGCCCUCGUCCACAGCAUCAGCAGCGACAUCCGAACGCCAAAGCAGCAAAGGAGAGCUCAUGCGCACAGAGACCCAGCUCGAUCUGCUCAAGCGCAUCCACCACGAGGCCACGCAGGGCCAGACCCACGCCUUUGCCAAGGCGGCCUCGCGCGCCAGCCUGGUUGUCGCGUCGAGUCUGUUCACGUCUUCAUCGCCACAGGAGAAGGCCGACAAGAUCCGGCUCGUGGCCCGCGCGUACGCGGACACCCAGGCUCAGUGGGCCAGCGGCGCCGUCAAGAUGCAGGCCUUGUUCUUCUCGGACUGGCUCAACUGGUGCCAGGGGCAGGCUAGCAAUGCCUCUCAAUCCCAGCAGCAGCAGCAGAAGGAGUAGAAGAGCCCAGGAAUAUCCAGAGAGGAGUUUAGCGUAGCUAAAAAAAGAAAUUUGUAUAUAUAUGACUUGGCCAUGGCGGGAAUAAAAAGCGAUAAAUGAGCAAG